UGCUGACAUCUGGGUGUUGUGUGCAUGCUUCUUCUCCUCGUUCGUCCAUUCAGCACGGACAAAAGAAGGCUGUCAACAUGCAUCCGCGUCUCAUAGUGCUUUCUGGCCGCAUCACCACCAUUUGGCCCCCGCAAACAGCUGGCCGACGUGCUCGCCGACCUUCCGCCAGCUGCUCGUGUGCUCGUGUGCCUUGGCAAGCUGCUCCUUGCUCUCGUGAUAUACCUGCGAGAUGCCCCCAGAAGUCUUCUCGUAGAGGUCCAUAGCCUCAUCGGUCAGCUUGUGCGUGAGCUCCUUGGCGUUGUUGUAGAGGUCGUUCGCCAUCUCCUCGGUCUUCUCCCAGUGGCCCUUGACCUCUGCCACGACAUCCUCUGCCGUUGUUUUGGUCCCGGCCACUACCUUCUCCACUGCGGUCAUGAUCUCCUCCUGCGCUUCUUCCUGGACUUUCUUGGCGGCUUCGUAGUGCUCUUGUGCAUCUAGCGAGACACAAGCAGGUAGACAGAAGGUGCACCGGCAGGUCUGCGCUCUUUGCACUGCCCGGUCUACCUACCGAGCAAAGAAGCCAGACCCUCUUCCAGCAUCUGGUUGGCGUUCCUGGACAGCAGUUCAGCUGUUUCCGCAUUGGCAGCCUCGGCUUCACGCCGCGCCUCUUUGAAGAACAUGAUCGUCUUCGCCAGGAGCGCUGAGACCUCCGCGUAGGCCGCCGCGGCCUGUGGAAAAGCGCUGCUGUGGGUGUGCAUGCCCUUCUGCGUUCGUGCGGGUCUUGCUCACCUUGAGUUUUGCCUCGUCGAAGAGCUCAUCUUCAACCUCGGCACGGCCCUGGAGUUCCGUGACCGCAGCUGCGGCCGACUUGCCAAUCGCAGGGCGCUCCUGUACAGUGAUGGGACCUCCGUACAGGGUCUUGAAAUGGGCUGAGACACAAGGAACCGAUGGAGCAUUUGUGUGUCAAGGGAGAAGAUCCGACGUGGUUUGCUGCGUACCUGGAAAGUAGACAUCAUCGGAGAAUCCGUGCUCCUUGAAGGCUGUGUAGACGUUGCGGACGUACUGUGUGGCUGCUUUGAAAAAGUCCUCGUACUCCUCUCUGGUGCGUCCGUCUUUCGGGUCGCCUGAAGUCAGUAUAUAACAGCAAAAUCAUUCCUUUCUUCAUCGUGGUGCCGCGCCGUACACACGCAAAAGCAUAGGGGUGUUUGUCUCGACAUGUUGAUCACCGACCGAAUGUGGCAGUGAGAUCCAGAUGCUCUUGGCCACACACACACAUAGAGAGAAGAGAGAGAGAGGGAGAGAGGGAGAGGGAGAGAGAGAGUGAUGGACAGCCCGUCGCCUCUGUGUGUGUGUGUGUGUGUGUGUGUGUGUCUUUCCUUGACAUUCGCCACUCACUGGACAUGGCUUCCAUAAUUCGAAUGGAGUGGUAUUCCGGCAGGUUGGCGUAUCUGCUGGCCGGCGUCUCUGUCGGGGCACGGCUGACCGGCCCCUCGACAAGUUUCUUGAGAACGUCCACCUCAAAGUCCAGAAGGAGAGCAGUGAAGUGCAACGCGCUCGUCACAGUGGUGCUGUCGCUCGGCUUGCCUGCACGUUUGUUUCGGUAAUCCAAUGAAGCAGGCAGGCAGUCAGUCCGGUGGGUGGAGAGACUCUCUAAUGCGAUGUGUCCGUGUGUCUUUCUGUGUCUGUACCAUUCCUCCAAGGCUCGUGAAAAUAGUCGACAAUGGGCCAUCUCUCAUCAUCCGCCUCAUCCCCGCAUGUCUCCUUGGGCAUCUCAGCGCACCGCUGCAGAUCCACCUCAAUGACGUCGCCAAUGGUUAUCGUCUUCCCCUUGAGAAAAAGUAUGCGGCCCAGCUUCUCCUCGAUGUGCUGAUGGAACGCCUUCAGGUCCGCGACUGGGUCUCUGGACUUCUUGACAAAUUGAGCCAUGACCAUCCUGUGCAACGGGGUUUCCUCUUCGGGCUGAGUGAGACACGUGCAGAAACACAUCCAUUGCAGUGCACACACGAUCGGGAUAGACACGCAUAUAUGCGUACCUUCUCCAGGCACAUCCACAUUUGCAUGAUGCCGGAGAGCGCUCCCAACACUGUGUACGCCGGCAUCUCGCCCCCCUCACCACCGCGUGACAUCGCCGCCCCCAGAUGGAAUGAAGCCACCCGCUGGAGCACAGGCAUAUCGAGCCCCGUGCCUCCUACCUUCUCAUACACGCACGGCCCGCCCUUCUUCGAGACUGUGCGGAAUGCCGUGACGGUCGGGUUGAGAAGAGAGGAGCUGUUGACGGGCCACAAGAGUGCUGCAAGGACAGCGAGAAUGAUGAACCGCUCUGCAGUGGUCAUUGUGUCAGCUGGUGCUCGCGGGCGGAUCAAACCACUCGAGUCCUCCAGAAACAGCUGCACAAAGGUCUUCUCGCCACGGCAAGGAAGCCGAGACUCCAG